ACCAAACUUUAAGAAACCGGCAGCAGAAAACCGAAGUCUUCUAAAGUGCAUAAACGUGUAAAUCUUUGACAAAAUGCAGCGCUCCUUAGCGCACAACUUGGAAAACGGCGGCAAGCGCACCAGCGAUGUGGAGCCAGGCCGGGUUCUAUCCUUCUCGCAGCUAAACCUGAAGCGCGACGUUCUGCGCGGUCUAAUGCGCAAUAAAUUUACGACGCCGACUCGCAUUCAGGCGGCGGCAAUUCCGCUCGUUCUCGCCGACAAUGAUCUGCUGAUUCAGUCGAAGAGCGGCACUGGGAAAACUCUGAUCUAUGUCCUGGGUGCCAUGAAUAGUUACAAGUCGACAUUGCGCUGGCCGCAUGCAUUGAUUGUGGUGCCCACGCGGGAACUGGCCAUACAGGUGAUGGACACCUUCUUUUACCUAUCGUUCUUUAUGAGCAGCUGCCGGGCCCAUGCCUUUAUUGGCGGCACAGAUGUUGCCAAAGAUCGCAAACGGAUGAGCGAAAGCAACGUGAUUAUCGGAACUCCGGGACGCUUGCUGCAUCUCUACCGCAAUCGUGUCUUCGACAUGUCCAAGAUACGGCUUUUGGUGCUAGACGAGGCGGAUCAACUGUUUGAGACUAAGGGCAUGCAGGACACGGUCCAUGAGCUAAUCAGUGCGCUGCCCGAGAAACGCCAGGUUGUAGCCUGUAGCGCCACCUACGAGAAUAACCUCGACGAGCGUCUGGCCAAAACCAUGAAGCAGCCCCUAUUGAUUUCAAACAGUGAGCGCGCCACUGUCCUCUUGGGAAUACGGCAGUUCGUCUAUGAUCUGCCCCAGAAGAUCAACAGCCUCGAGGAGAUGCGCUCCAAGCUCGAUGCCCUUUUGAAAAUAUUCGCUCAGUUGCCCUACGAGCAGGCUAUUCUCUUCGCCAGCAGCAAAAUGCGAGCCGACUCGUAUCGCAACUACCUCGAGGCCAGUGGCAUCCAGUGCAGCCUCCUCACCGGUGCCAUGGAUCAGGCCGAUCGCUUGAAUGUUUUCAAGAGCUACACGUCUUUCACUACGCGCAUCAUAGUGGCCACUGACGUGAUGGCUCGCGGCGUAGACUCCAAGCAUGCCAAUCUGGUCAUAAAUCUCGAUCCGCCCAAGGAUCAUGUAACCUAUCUGCAUCGCAUCGGAAGAGCCGGUCGCUUUGGCUCCCAGGGCAUAGCCAUAACCUUUGUCACGCCCAAGGAAACCGAGAAAUUCCAUAAGAUUCUAUCCGCCUGCACAACGGGAAUGUCGGUACUGGAGUUCCCCAAAGAUCUAACCGAGUCCGAGAACUUCAGCUUUUGGGAUUUCGACAAAUACAACUUCCCUUACUACGUCAAGACCGAGAGUUCUCCCCUUGCCGAAAUGCCAGUGAAAGGUCCAAAAGUCGCUGAAAAGAGUGACAAAGUUGCAGAGAAGGAUGCAGAAGCUAUAAAUAACAAGAUUAUGGAUAGUAAUGAAAGCAUAGAUAAGGAUUUUGUUAAACUAGAAGCCAUGGAGGCAGCUAUGGGUGAUCCCCAGCAGGAAAUAAUGAAAGAAUCUAGUGUUGAGGUUGUAGAAAACGGUAGCAAUGCUCCGAAUACUGAUUUGAAUACGGCCAGUGAGCCAAAAGAUGACAUUUCCAAGGUGGAGACUUCCAAUGAAGAUGAAAAACUGGAGUUGCUCCUGAAGAAAACUGAUCCCAUGCAGGGCAGCACUGAGAGCCUCGAAAAUGCUUUGUUUAAAAUAGCAAACCUCGAAAAAGAAAUGGCUGAGCUUCAGUCUACAGUUCAUGAGAAGAUUCUAGGUAGUGCCCCAACUAAGUCCACUGAGGAACCUCCCCAGCUCGAAGACAAAGGAGUUUCCACUGGGGAAGACUUCAAGCUAUCACCAGAUGUGGAAAAUCCAAAGUUGAUCAUCACAGCAGAUCCUGGAACUUCAAACAGUAUCGAGUCAUCUAAAAAUCAGGAGGAAGUUGAAAAAAUGUCUGCUCCAGAAAAGAACUCUCCAAACCCUGAUGAAUUAUUUUCACCCGAGUUGACACCAUCGUUGACUCCCCUUGAGAUAUCGCAGGAGCCGUCACCAACCACAACGACACCACCGGCGCCGCCAGCCAAUUCGAUCAACACCAAGACCUAUUGCUUGGUGGCUCCGUAUAAUUUUAGCUCCUCGACUACGCUCCAGCCGUUGGCCAUUUCGAACACUGUGGACGACGCCAGCAGCAUCAGCUCCGAUAGCUUGGAAAGUGGGCUAUCCGCCAGCCAGAAGACCUAUUCGUACGAAAGCAUCUUCACCAUCAGCGAUGAGAAGGAGAUUUGGAAGCGGUAUAAGAUGAAGGUGAAGAAGCAUACUUGCCGCAUUUCCAUUCGCCGUCCUUUGCUCUACCAUUGGAUAAAGAGAUCCUCCAAUGGGGCUAAGCGUACCAAGAUAAUUUACAAGAAAAAGAUUUAUGGAAUGUACUCCCCUUAUCCGGAGUCCAACUACUUCAUUAUGCUCACGAAAUUCCAAAAUCGAAAGCGCAUUAUUGAAAGACUGGACAAGAAUAUAGCGGAUCAAAAUUUAGGGGGUGCAGCGGUGCAGAGACUAAUGGGAACUCUGUACGACUCUCUUGUUGAACUUUACGAUCCAAAGUUGGAGAAAUCCAGUUUCUACAAGCCUGAAGUUCAGCCGGAAAACGAUACAAAAGAGAAAGUUCCUUUGCCGGAGAUGCCGACUAAUAAAUCCUCCUCGGAAAUUCAAGCUCAGGAGAAAGAGUUGGAUGAAAUAAUCAUUGUUUGGCAGGAUUCGGAGACUGAGAAACCGUCCCUUACACUCGACUAUACUGCAUCCGAGGGCCAGACUGAUGAAGUGAGAGGACGACAGGAAGCGGAGACUGACAACCCAUCCGUGGAACAGGAAGGCCCGCAGGAAAACAAUGAAAAUGUAGAGACUGUUGCGCCGGAGGUAGAGGGAGAAGAAUCGUCACAAGAUCCAGAUGUGGCCGGCGAACCUCUUGUCAAACUGAGCAUCCAUGUGACCAACAACAUAGACAUUGCUCCUAACCAGACUGAUAAAUUGUCCUUGGAACUGGAAGCCCAGAAGAAGGACGGCAAUGGAACUGACAACCCGUCCGUGGAACUCGUAGGCCAGCAGGAAAAGAAUGAAACAGUAGAUGCUAUUUUGCCGAAAGUCGAGACUGCAAACUCGUCCCAAGGUCCAGAUGGGGAAGGCGAACCUCCUGUCAAACUUAGUAUCCAUGUGACCAACAACAUGGACAUUGCUCCUAACCAGACUGAUAAAUCCUCGUUGGAAGUGGAAGCCCAGGAGAAGAACGACAAUGGAACUGACAAACCGUCCUUGAAACUAAAAGCGAAGAAAGAAGAGAAUGAAACAGUAGAUGCUAUUUUGCCGGAGGUCGAGACUGCAAACUCGUCCCAAAAUCCAGAUGGGGAAGGCGAACCUCCUGUCAAACUUAGUAUCCAUGUGACCCAUAACAUGAACAUUGCCCCCAUCCAGCCACUUGUGGUGGAAUCUGAUUCAGACGGCACUGCAUCCAGCCAAGCUGGAGACAAUGAGUCCAGUUUGGAUGACUUGAGCGCGAGUGACGAUCAUAAUUCAUCAAGUGGCUUUGUGGAGAGCAACGAUAGUGGCUCAUCCGGCAUAGAUACCUCCGAGUACGAUGCCAGCGACACUACCGUUAACGAUGAGAGCGAUUAUGAAGACGAUGAAGAUGAAGAUGACUACGACCCUUACUACGAUCUGGAACUGACAGCUGAAGAGUUUGAAUUCGAAGAAGAGGAGGACGAGGGUGAAACUUUGGAUGACGAUAAGGACGAAAAUGAGAUAAUGGAAGUGCCCAAUGUUAGCAAUGUUAGCCUGGCUGGAACCAGCUCUGAGGGAGAGCAGGCGAUGGAGCAAGAUUCGGAUGAUGAUUCGGAGGAGAAUGGAAAGAUCAUAGAAUUGUGGCAGAAUACAUUUGCAACGCAGUAUCAGUUUAUUGCCUCGUGUGUGGCUAAUUACAUGGCACAGGCCGGAAAAAAUGAAAACUAAACCUACUAACUAGAUAUCCAAAAUGGCUAUGAAAGCCAACUAGUCGAAGCUCAGGCAGUACGAUUAAUAUAUUACUUUGUUCUCGAUAAGAAACGGAUUAGUUCCCAAGAGGCUGCAUCAGUCUCUCUUUAUAACUAUAUAAAAUUUUUACUUUUCUACAUUUUUGAAUACUCAUCAAUAUCAAGCUAGUUGAUACAAUGUUAUGGACUAUUGAAUUUAAACUAAAAAAAUGUUUUACAUGCAAACAGAAAAAUGCAGCAUGCUUUAUUUUCUAAUUU